ACAUAUAACGUUGUCAAUUUCGUUUUCAAAGUUUUUUAUUAUCAGAUAUUUUAGGUGAUAUAUUUUCCUGUUCCUUUCCCCCGAGUGGAGAAAAGAAAGAAAGAAAGAACAGUUGCAUUUCUUCUUUAAAAUAUGAAACAAUGUUUGAUCAUUGUAAACGUACAAACAUAAGAAUGCAUACAAAGGGCAAGAACAAUUGCACUUUUUUUUUUUUUUUUUUCAUUUUUUGGAUAAGUAAGAAUAUGCUAUAUAUUUCUUCUAUAAACAUGAAAGAAAUACUUGAUGACAGUAAAUAGAACAAAAACAUGAAUGCAUUAGAAGUUUGUGUCAUCUUGGAAUAGUCUGUGAAAUGAGAACUGCCAAAAUUUCAGAGAGGAGUAUGCUACUCGAGUUUUGAAUGGCCUCAAAUAACUACGACAACCGAGAUCAUACAUCAUGGCAGAUGAUAUGGCUGAUGAUGAACCAAAGCCCCUUGGAAGGUGUUCUGUCUUUACAUAUGGAGUGGGGCACAUGUUGAAUGAUAUAACAUCUGCCUGUUGGUAUACAUAUCUCUUGCUCUACUUGACAGCUAUUGGAUUGGCCCCAAGCAAUGCCGCAACAGUCACACUUACUGGCCAGUUUGCUGAUGCAUUUACGACCAUAAUAGCUGGUGAACUGAUAGACAGGUUUGGUCAUUUCAAAAUAUGGCAUGGCAUGGGAUGCCUGUUAGUUGCUCUAUCUUUUACAUCACUCUUCGGUGGUUGCCUCCCUUGCAAAAUUGUUGGAUCUGAUUCACCUAUUGUUCAAACUGUCGGUUACUGCAUAUCCGCAGUUAUUUUCUGCAGCGGAUGGUCUUGCACUCAGAUAUCACACAUGUCAAUGGUGAAUGGUGUCACACUAAACCCAACAAGCAGAGUAGCAUGUGUUAGCUCUCGCAAUGCUUUUACAAUGAUUGCAAGCCUAAUCUUAUACGGGAUCGCAUUUUUCGUCUUCAAUAAGAAAACUUCUAGCUCAAAGGUUGACAUUACAAAUCAGUACCAAUUGAUGGCUUAUAUUUCAAUUCUCAUUGGAGCAGUCUUUGUGAUUAUAUUUCAGCUUGGAAUUAAAGAACCAAGUCUAAAACAAGAAUCUGAUGGGAAACGUGCUACAGCUUCUUGGACAUACUGGUUAAAGAAAGUCCUAUAUUACCAAGUACUUAGCAUCUAUGUGUUAACUAGAGUUGUGACUAACGUUUCACAGACCUUCUUAGCAGUUUACGUAAUCAAUGAUCUACGGAUGAGCUCAUCUUCGAAAGCCUUGAUUCCCGCCAUCAUCUACUUAUCCAGCUUCAUCGCGUCUGUCCUCCUCCAGGAGCUCAAAUGGAGUGGUGAACGGUUGAAGGCCUUCUUUUCCGCUGGGGGUCUCCUUUGGCUAUUUUGUGGAGCUGCAGUAAUUUUCCUCCCAAUAAACAUGAAUGCUUUUAUGUAUGUCUUGUCCGUACUUAUUGGCAUAGCAAACGCCUUGAUGAUGGUAACAUCAAUAGGGAUGGAAAGCGAGCUAGUUGAUAAAAAUCUGGAUGGAUCUGCUUUUGUUUAUGGAUCAUUGGGCUUUGUUGACAAAGUUCUAUGUGGAGUUUUUUUGUACUUCCUCGAGUCAUAUGAGAGUGCAGAUCCUGUUGCCUGUGAUCCAGCAUAUCCUUGUUUCUCCGUUACACGUUUUUCUCUAGGUUUCAUUCCAGGGAUUUCUGCUUUAAUUGGAGUCGUAGUCGCAUUCUUCAUAAGAUUCCACAUAUCCCAUCCUAAGCCAUUGAUAGAACCCCUCUUGGCAUAGCUCUCAACGAGUAAAACAUGCAAAAAAUUCAGGUAUUUUAUUAAUAUGGGAAGGAAAAGACAUGACUGGUGCAUAGGCCAGUAAUUCAAGAGUACUCUGCAGAAUGUAGCAUCUUUGUUUUGGUAAUGUCUUUGUAUGUCCAAUUAAUUAGUUCUGAAUUCUAGUUUGAGCUAUAUUGUCAGUGAUGUACUUGUAAAUACUCAUUGUUGUUAUAAUAUUAAGAAAUAAUAUUAUAUGGUGGCCAACUAGU